AUGAAAGUGUGGAUUCUUUUACUAUCGUUAGUUCAUGGACUUUAUUUAGAUCCUUCAAAUUUAACCAAUUUACAAGAAAAUACCGCUCUUAUAGCUAAAGGGUUAUUAGAUUAUUAUGACGGUAAAAAUUAUGGUGGAGUUAUUGGUAUGUUCACUUGGCCUUACUAUUGGUGGGAAGCUGGUGGUGCUUGGGGUUCAUUAAUCGAAUAUACCGCAUUGAUGGAAAACGAUACUUAUGUUCCUUUGAUUAAACAAGCUUUAACUUAUCAAACAGGUGAUGAUGAUAAUUAUAUCCCAUUAAAUCAAAGUACUACUGAAGGUAAUGAUGAUCAAGGGUUCUGGGGGUUAGCGGUUAUGAGUGCUGCUGAAAGAAAUUUCUCCAACCCUGAUGAUCCAAAGAAAGCAUGGUUAACUUUAGCUCAAGCUGUUUUUAAUACUAUGGCUGCUAGAUGGGAUACCGGAGAAUGUGGAGGUGGUUUAAGAUGGCAAAUUUUCCAAUGGAAUUCAGGUUAUGAUUAUAAGAAUUCCGUUUCCAAUGGAUGUUUAUUUAAUAUUGGUGCUAGAUUAGCCAGAUAUACUAGAAAUGAUUCUUAUGUUGAAUGGUGUGAAAGAGUGUUUGACUGGAUGUAUGGAUCAGGAUUUUUAACUGAAGGUGAAUGGUGGUUCGUUUAUGAUGGUGCUAAAGUUGAUAACAAUUGUUCUAAUAUCACCAAAUUACAAUGGACUUAUAAUCAAGGUUUAAUGAUGUCCGGUUCAGCUUACUUAUAUAAUUACACCGAAGAUACUAAAUGGUUAGAAAGAACUGAACAUUUCUUAGAAGCUGCUCAAGUUUUCUUCAAAGAAGAUGUUAUGUAUGAAGCUGCAUGUCAACCAUCAAAUAGUUGUAAUCAAGAUCAAAGAUCAUUUAAAGCUUAUUUCUCCAGAUUUUUAGGUCAAACUGCUGUUAUGGUUCCUCAAACUUACGACGUUAUUAUGAAUUAUUUAAAAACUUCAGCUAUAGCUGCAGCUGAAUCAUGUUCAGGAGGUAGUGAUGGACAUACUUGUGGUCUCAAUUGGACCAAUGGUACUGGAUGGGAUGGAGUUUGGGGAUUAGGUGAACAAAUGAGUGCUUUAGAAGUAAUGACUCAAUUAAGAGCUGGAGAUGUACCUGCUCCUUAUACUGCAGAAAAUGGAGGUUCAUCUCUCGCUGAUCCAGCUGCUGGUUUUGGUACUAGUCAUACUGAUUCUUCACCUUUAGUUUUAGGAACAAAAGAUAAAGCAGGUGCUGGUAUUAUUACUGCUAUUAUUGGUCUGUCUUUAAUUGGGUCAGUUGUAUGGUUAGUUUUGUAG